AUGUCGAUGAACCGCGAAGCGGCUACGGAACAGCCCACCCGGAGGGACAUGUACGUUAUUGUUCAGCCGGAACAGCUUGUGGCGCCCUCCUGGCCUCCCCCCUUGGUUCUGCAGCAUUCGGCGUCUGCCAAGGCUUCUCGGGCGGAACCUCUACACAGUAGGGCAGGUUUACAGCCUCCCUCCCCGUUGGAAGGCUGGGGCAAGUCGCGCAGGUCGGGGGACUUCCCCUUUAUGCCGACUUCGUCCAACUACACGACAACGCCUGAGUUCCUUUCUUCGUCACCCCCCUCCUCUCCAGGCUCUUCUCUGUGUCCCGCGUCUUCGCCUCUCGGUGCAGACCAGGGCGAUGAGAAAGCUCGCGAGAGAGAGGGACGCGAGAGUGACAGGCACAGUCGAAACCGGCGGGAAAAGCAGGGAUGGGGGGCGGAGGCGGCCGGAAAUACCUUUGAGCGCCAUCCAGCCGAAGUGCGGGAGGAAUCGAGCAAGAAAGAUGUGACAAGAGCGGAGGGGAACAGGAGGAAAACAGAGAAGGAGAGAGAAGACAUCGAACGCGUGGAGAGGGAGAGGAAGGAGUGGAGACUAGGGGUGAAAGACAGCGAGGAGAAAGAAUGGCGUGAGCGUGGCGAAAGGAGGCUGCAAAGUCUGCCUCCGCAUUAUCCACCGUCAGUGCUUCGGGGGCUCGCAGCGGGUGGCGCUAGGUCUGUCGCGUCGUCCUCAGCCAGCAAAAGCUCGCGAACGGAAAAGGAAACUCGCGCGCAGCUCACGCAACUCUUCAACGAAUUCGCAGAGCCGCGGCGCUGUCGAGCAUCGGGAACACGCGUGCCGCUAAUUCAUCUGCUGCGCCACACUUGCGGCGGCUGCCGGACAGAGAAAGUCCUCGACAAAACGGGUCUCCUCGCGCUCUUCUCCCGUCUGCCAGCGAUGGUGUUUGAGCGCUUUUUCGACUUGCUGGAUGAAGAUGGCGACCAGACCGUCGACGUGAAGGAGUUCUGCAAGGGUCUCGACUCGUUAUGCAGUCAGAACGAAGAGAAACUUCUGCGCUUUCUCUUCAAUCUCUGCGACCUCGACGGCAACGGAAGCAUCGAGCGCGAGGAGCUCCGCACGCUGCUUUACCACCUUCCCUUUCGCCUCUGGAAGUUCAGCAGGCGCAGCAAGCGACGCCACGUCCGCGACCGCGAGGCGCGGCGGGAGCGCCGAGACCGCCGCGAGCAUCGGGCGCUGUCCCUGCCGUCUCCCUCGGUGCUCGGCUUCGCCGCGGCGAGCGACGCCCGAUCGCCGCGUCACGGCGCGGAGACAGACAGCCAAGACAAAGAGAAGCGGCACAGCAGUGGGGCCUUUGGAAGCGAGGCGAGUCGCGCAGAGAGCGAGGCUCGCCUCUCUGGGCACGCGCGACGUCCGUCUCCCUCCGUCCGCUUCGCUUCCGACGGGCGAAGCGCGUCGCCCGGCGGCUCCUGGAGCGAGGCGAGAGAGGACUUCGGCGGCGCGCGAAGGACGCGAGACGAAGACUCAUGCGGCAGCUCACAAGAGCGCCCUGAAGAGGAGCUGCUGCUCGACGCAAGGCCGCACAAGCACCGCGGCUUCGCGUCGUCUGCUUCGUCUUCUUCCUCUUCUGGCUCCUCCUCAUCUUCUGAUGACGACCAAGAGGGAGAGGCGCGCGACGAAGAGGACUCGCUGCGCUUCGAUGAACAGGAUCACCUCGUGCGGAAGCGCAUCGACGAAAUCGUCGAGGCCUGCUUCCUGCACAAGCGCAAGGAACAGAGACGCUCCGUCUGCUCGACUGCGCCGUCCGCGGGCGAGGCGCCGGUCCACGGCUUGCGGGAGAGGAUUCCGCCGCCGCUCUCGCUACCGAUCCAGAGAGAAGAAGGCUUGACGUUCGAGGAAUUCCUCGCGGCUCUCGCCAGCAACAGAGAAAUCCACGACCUCCUGAACUUCUUUUACCUCCAGUCCGUUCUUUCUCUGUUCGCGCCCCGCGGCCCCCCGCUCACGCUGCCUCCGUCGUUCUCGAGCUUGCCUUCUCAAGCUGCCUCGCGGCAUCCAGCUGCGCCGCUGCAGGCGAACGACUGUGCUGCGGCGUCGCGCUCUCCUUCGCCGGGUGGCGACGGCCGGCGGGCGUCGACUGCGGAGCGCGCCUGCGAGAGAGAGGGUCUGCGCGGCCCUGCGCACGCCGCCGCCUCCGCCCUGCCGCCAGUCUGCCCUCCGUCGCCGCCUCUUCUCGCGGCGGAAGCGCCUGCCUCACCGCAGCCCCUUCCAGAGCUUCUUCCGCCCUCGGCUGUCCCGCUCUCUCUUUCUUCUCGUUCUGCUUCGCCUUCUUCUUUUCCGGGGCCUUCGUCUCCCUCGUCGCCCUCCUCCUCUCACUCUGGAGAGCCUCCCCCUUCGGCGGGCGCCCGCGGCGCGAGGGCGACGGCGCUUCCGGGCGAGCGGCGCACCGCGCCGCAAGCAGCGUCUGCGUCCCGGUCAAGCGACGGCGGCGCGGAUGGCAGUUCAGCGGAAAAAGAGGCUCCGGGGGGAGCGCAAGGCGCCACGCGUGGCGGGUUCCUCUCCCACGCGUGGUCACACGUCUCAGCGGCUUCGAACAAAGACAGGUGCGAGCGAGCGCGCUCCAUGUCGGUCGAGCUGGAGGGAGGCGCGAAGGGACAGGCGGGAGGGGCGCGACGCGAACGACGACUCUUCUCGCUCUUUUCGCCUUCAAGAGGUGUUCUCUCUGCGGCCGCGCGCUCCAAACCGAAGGCCAAGGCAGGCUGUGAAGGCGCGCCCACCAGCGAGAACGCAGCGGAAGCCGAGGGGGCGACGGAGGUCGCAAUGGAGGAGAGAGGCGCGGAUAGCACGCCUUCAGGGUGCGGCGGCGAGAAGCAGCCGCCCGCGGCGAACACGAAGGAGAAUACCGCCCGCAGCGAAGAGGCGACCGCGUGCCUGUCUCCGCCGUGGAUCUCUUCGCGCCGUCCGCUCCCUGCGCCCAUCCCGCACUUCCCGCUUCCGCCGACGUUUCCGUCUUCCUCCUUUUUGGGUUUCUCUGGAUCCGCCGCCUCAGGCGAAGGCACUACUGCUGCUCGGGUCGGCGCGGCGUCUCCGCCGCACGCGUCUGGCAUUAGUGAUCGUCCUGGGAUUGCCUCGGAGGAUCCAGCGGGCAUGCACAACAAGGCUGGAGGCGCAGGAGCGGCGCUUCCGUCGCCACCUCCGCGCCUCGGCGUCGACCGCCCGCUAGAGCUCGUUGUGUCGAGUGCUGUCUCCGCCGCUGGGCGGCGCGUCGCCGUCCUCGGUGAGGUCUGCGGGGUUCGGUUUGGCGGGCGGCGUCUCUACGUCGCGCGCGCCCUCUUCUCCUUCACCGGCGUCGUCCUCGCCUCCGACGCCGUCCUCGUUGCGGUCUUGCAACCUCGUCGUUCCGCUGAGCGACGAGACCGGCGGCGGCGCCCAAGGGCCGCCAGUCAGCGGCUUCCUCACGGCGUCGAUCGCUGGCUCGUUCUUCGGCGAGUGCGCACAGUCGGACGCCGGUCGGAAGCGCACCCGCCACCUCUCGCUGCCGCCUCUUCGGCGCUCGCGCGGCGGGGGAGGACGCCUGCGCACCGAGGAGGAAGAAGACGAGGAGGGCGACACCACGACGGAAACCGAAGAAGACGAGCUGCGCGCAACGGCGGCGGCAGCGGCGGCUCUCGCGUGGCAGCGACGCGAGGCGGGAAGGCACCGCGGCAGGGGACAGGAGGCCCCACAGGGGACGUCUCGCCUGCUGCUCGGCGGUGGCGCAAGGCGGAGACGGUCCAGAGGCGGGGCGGCGGCAGAAGGGCGAGGGCGCAGUGGAAGCUCGGGUCGCCGACGCAGCGAGAGCGAGGAAGAAGAAGCCGGGGACGGGGGGAGGAGGACGCGGAGGUGGCGAUCCUGUAUCAGCCGGCGCGGCGGCGCACGGUCAGCGCGUAUGCCCGGUCGCUCUCUCGCGGCACGAACUUGGUGGGUUCGGUGAUCUCUGGAGGCGCGCGCUCGUUUCUCACGCGCGUCGGCUUCGGGCGAGGUGCGGGAGACGGCGAGCCCUUCUUCCUCAGCUUCCUCGGCAACGAGGAUCGACUCCAGAUGCACGGGUGGCUCUGGAAAGUCGGUCAGCACUUCGGCGGCUGGAUUCGGCGCUACUACUUCUUGACCGGUCGCCACCUAUGGUGGCAGUCUCAGAUCUUAAGCACCCGCCCCGCGAACUGCUUGUACCUUCACGGCUGCUCAGUCCAUGCGCUCGUCGACGACCCCUACCGCACGAGCGAGCCCCAGGCAGCCCGAGCCACUUCGCCCUCCUUCACAUCGCCGGUGACUGGCACCCGCGGGCGCUUCGGGCUCGAAAUUCUCAAGCCGAGCGGCCGCGUCGCGAAGCGCCUCUAUGCCAUAGACGCCGACGACAGGCAAAACUGGCUGAGGGCUCUACAGGUCGCCUGCGGCGUGGAGGACUUCCACGACUUUUACUGUCUGCAUGCAGAAGAGGUGCUCGGUCAUGGGAAGUUCGCAGCUGUCAAGCUUGGGCAUGCCAAGGCGACGGGGCAGAUGGUCGCGGUGAAGAUCCUCAACAGAAGCAACCUGAGGACUGAAGAGGACAGGGAGUUCACGAGGCGCGAGUUGGAGGUCGUCAAGGUCCUGCAGCACCCUAACCUCGUGCGCACCGUUGACGUCUUCGGCCGCAGUGGCACAGCGCCCUACGCGUACAUCGUGAUGGAGCUUCUUCCCCACAGGGAUCUCGCCACGCUCAUUCGCCUGACUCGAGUCAUUCAGUAUCUGUCUCUGAAGCUGCUCCUGCGCCAGCGGCGGCAGUUCCUCCAGGCCAGGGGGUGCGUCCCGGCGUCGGCGUCGAUCCACAUCUCCGCGCUACCCCGCCCGAAUCCUCUGCUUUUUCCUCCUCUCUCUGCCGCGCCGUCGCCCUUUCGGAACCCCGACACGCUUGCGCUGCCCCCGCGCAACCUCGCCGUCUUAAUGCCGUCUGCGCCGUCUUCGCCGUCUUCGCCUUCUUCGCCGUCCGCGGCCUCUGCGGCCUCCCCGGCGCGUGCGGCGGUCGCGUCGCCGCUCUGCGCGGAGCGGUUUCUGGAGACUGACUUCACAAUGGACAGCAGAUGCUUGCUGGAAGAACAAGUCAUUCUGAAGAUCGUUACGGGGCUGCUGAAGGCGACGCGCCACAUGCACGCCAAGGGCGUUGUUCACAGAGAUCUGAAACCCGAAAACCUCCUCCUUGUGCUCGCCCCGCCGCAGGACGAGGCCAGCGCCGGGGGCGAGGCCGGAAGGCCCGCCUCGCCCAGAGGUCGAGGGCCUGAGCAGGGCGACGCCGGAGCCGGCUUGCGCGGCUGUGGUGACGGCUCCCAGGGCGGCGAGGGCGCGGGGAAGGGCGGCGAAGAGAGCGCAUCGGAGGAUGACGCGCGCAGCCAACCGCGAGACGCGGGCGCGCGAGAGGCGGCUUCGCCGCUACCGACAAUCGUGAUUCGAGACACAGAAAACGGAGUGUGGCAUUACCACCCUUUUCCGCCGCAAAGUCCCGCUGGGAUGCUGAUGGGCACCUCCGGGCUUCCUCCUCCAGCCUCAGGUUCGCCUCGCCCGAGCCCCUGCGCCGGCCGGCUCGAGGGCGACAAUCCGCAGGGCGCGACCCAGAGUGGAGGCGAGGCGGCCGCGCCUGGCGACAACGCGGGGCGCGGGGCUGCGAUGCAGCAAGGCGCUUUAGCGGCCGUUUCUCGCCCCGCGUCGCCUUCCUCCGCAUCUCCGCCGCAGUCUUCCGCCUCCGCCUCCUCCUCGCCUUCUGCGCCGGCGUCGCCCGCUUCGCCGGGCUUCGCGGCUCUUCCUGCGGCCGCCCUUCCUGCGGCGGGUAUCCCGACCUCGUCCGCGCUGUUUUCUUCGCCAUGCGCGGGGGGCGGCUGGCACGCCUGCGACCCGCUUAUUGAAGACCUGAAGGGAUUCCCACGCACGAUCCUUGCCGCCGAGGAGCUCGCGGAGAUUGAAGACUGGGUGCCCGCGCUCGUGUCGCGCUCGCCGUCGCGCAAGUUCCUUCUGCAGCCUUCGCGGCCGCUCUACGGGCGCAGUCCGCCGCUCUCGCGCUACUACAGGUCGCGCAGGACUCGACGACGGAACUUUUUUCGCUUCUCCUCGGCGGCACCUCGCCCUCACGCCGGGCGCACGCGCCUCCUUUCCCUCUUCACCUUCGGGCGCCGGCGCGGGCCCCUCAGCGGACGCGAAGGCCCCGCGCGCGAGUUCGAAGAGACUGACGGCGAGCGGCGCGACCGCCGAGAGCGCGAGGCCGAGGACAGCGAGCGACGCCGCAUAGGCCGCCAGCGCGGGCAGACUGACCUCAUCUGGCGCCUCCUGGCUGACGCCGCCGUUCCCGAAGAGGGGACUGACGAAGACGACGAAGACGACGAAGCCGCGCAGUCGACCGACGCAGCCACAGGUGACACCGCGGACGUCCAGCGCGAGGCGAAGGCGGCCGCGGAGGGCAGAGGAGACGAACGCGCCCAAGGGGGGAGAGACGCGGCGCCGGCUCCGCCCUCUGCCGCGGCCGCAGCCUCGGCAGGCGCCGAGGAAGAGCGAGGGUGGGGAGCCGCGGCGGUGCAGCAGAGCCAAGGCGCGGAGGCGAGGGGGGCGAGCUUGCGGGAGACGCGACGGAGGAUUGCUUCGGUGCUGGCGUCUUCUACGACGACGAACUACCUCGCCGUCCCGGGGCCGCGCGUCCUGCCUUUCUUCGAACAGCUCCCAGCGGCUAGCGAGCCUCAGGCUCCCGCCGCUUCUUCCGCGCUGCGGCGGCCUCCUCAGCUGUCUCCCGCUGGUCUCACAGCAGGGCGCAGAGACACGCGGCGCCUGCGAUCGGUGCCAUCGUCGCUCCGCGCGCCGUGUCCGCCCUGCGCGCCGGCUUCCGGCGACGGCGACGGUCUUCCGGCCGCCGAGGACGCGCCUAGGGAGGCCAGCGAAGGAGCCAAGAGGCGCGCAUCCGCGCUGCCCGUCCUCGCCGCGCGAGGCGAGUCUCUAGGCGGGACAAAAGCCCCUCGAGGCUCGACGGGAGGCGACGGCGGUGUCUUUUCGCCGACCGCGCCCGCGCCGAAGGAGCCCGAAGGGCCCUCCUCGGGCCCAACUGGCUCUCCGCCUUCCCCGGCUUCCUCGCCUUCGACGCCGUCGCCUUCUUCACUGGCUACCUCACUCCCCUCGUCGCAUUCUUCUUCUUCCUCGGCGGCCGCGCGACGUGUCGGGCUCGAGUCCCUCGCGCGACCUUCACCGUGCGCAGGUAACGAGGCCGAGCGCCUGCAGUGGUGCGUGGGAGUUUUGCGAGAGAUUCAGGAGCGUCUCCUCUCGAUCAAGGUCGCCGAUUUCGGUUUGUCGGCGGUCCUUGCGCCGAACUGGCGAACCACUGAUUCGCUGGGGACGCUCGCCUACGCCGCGCCGGAAGUCCUCGUCGGCGUGGAGUAUGACAAGGCCGUCGACAUGUGGAGUAUCGGCGUCAUCACCUUCGAGUUGCUUUCGCAAGGCGUGCUGCCAUUUCAGGGGAAAACAGAGGCGCAGAUCGGCGCGUCGAUUCUGGAGGGGCGCUACUCCUUCGAUAUCCGUCCCAACGACCGCCCGUGGCUCUUCGCCCCGCGACCCGUCCCCCCCGCCGCGCGCGACUUCGUCUCGCGGCUGCUCUGUCAUCCCGCGCGGCGCAUGAACAUCGAAGAGGCUCUUAGACACCCGUGGAUUGCGGAUGGGCACCAGGUGCACGUUGCGCCGCCUACUCCAAAGAAGUUCUACGUCGCCUGA